CAUCAUUUCAGUUUCAACAUUUUAAGCAAACAGUUCAUUUUACAUUUUAACAAAAUUCGAAAUAAGGACAAAAAAAUUCUUUUAAUUUAUUGCUAAAUUCUUGAGUUUUUUGAAUUAAAAUUACAAUGUGUGACUCAAAUGGUGAUUCAGCAAAGGUAACUAGUGAAGGUCGCAGCAUUGACGAGGGAUUCUGUCAUUUGAUGGGUGCAAUGUACAAUGACAUGCCAUCCGAGCUCAAUUCGCAAACGAAACGGAAUCCCGAAAUGAUAAGAUCCAUUAGAUCCAUCCGUUUACCACGGCCUACGGCAUUUGCUGCACGUUAUGUGACCAAAGUGCUGCAUCCUAGUCCGAUGAUAGUCUCAAAGCGCUUCGUGAAACCGCAAAUGAUGGGCGACAACAACGGCCAAGGCUCGGAUCAGGAUCGUUUAUUGCGCAAACUCUUCUGUGUUCCUUUGCUGAGCAAGAUUGUGUUGCUAAUCACACCCAGGGGCAGCAACUCGCACAUGAAUGAUAUGUUCAAUAUCCAUGCCUAUAUGAUAGAGGAUCAAUUUCAUCUCGGUGUAACAAGCCUGACGGCAUCCGAACGCGAACUCUUUGUGAACCCACAAAAGCCAAAUAAUUAUGCUUUGAUCUGUUGCUCGGGCCACAUUCAUCUGGAGGAUGCUUUUAUGAAUGCCUCGCUGAAGAAGAAUAUCAUUCAAAUGUCAAAAAACAAAUCAAAUGCAGUCGUUGAAAUAAAAUGCAAGGGCAAAAGAUUAUCCCUCCAAUAUACUGGAGACCCGCAUCAACCAAAGAUCGAAGCAACUGGCAGCGGCAAAAGUCGACAGGUCAAGAUCCCAGCUCUAAAUGCAACGGCUGACAUAUAUCCACUACAAUUGAAAAAUAUAUCUACAAAUCGGCAGAUAAAUGCUGCAACCUCAGAGGUGCCUCUAGAGAUUUUCGAUAACCAAAUCGAGGAACUAUCUGAAGCAAAUGCAAAUAGUGUUGAGCAACAACAGCCUCUUGCUCAAAUCGUGCACCAAAACAUCCAACAAAACAUCGAUAACUUUGAGCAGAUUGUGGAGCAACAACCUGCAACUGAAACAGAGCCUCAUAUUAUGGACAACGAAAAACUGUCAGCUGAACAGCUCUCAAAUAAGGUGGGGCAAGUUCCUCAAGAGGAUAAGGAGAACAUCAAUGCUAGUAUUGAAAAGGUUGAGGAGCCAAUUAUUCAGCAAAACAAUAAAAACAUUAAGCAGAUUAUGGAAACGUCUGAUCAGCAUUUAAAUAAAGCCGAGAAGGUGCCUAAAGAGAUCCUCAAUAGUGAAAUCGAGGAACUAUCUGAGUCAAAUGCAAAUUGUGUUGAGCAACCACAACCUCUGGCACAAAUCGUGCACCAAAACAUCCAACAAAACAUCGAUAAUGCUGAGCAGAUUAUGGAAUUAGCUGAGCAACAACCUUCAACUGAAACGCCGGUAUAUCAACGUUCGAUUAGCUCCUGCUCACAAUAUUCGUAUCGAGGGCGUCGUCCGUCAAGAAUCUUCUCGAAAUCACAGCCAGACAAAAUGCUCUCCAGCGGCGGCACGUUGGAUGUUCGAGUGAAGCAAAAGAGCAAGUCUUUAGUGACGGAAACUAGGAAGCCUCAAUGGGUCACAGCCGGACUCAAUUCGAAGCAUCGCAAUUAUGUAGUGAUAUACAAUCCAAAAGAAAUACGCGGACCCACGCCGGUAUAUCAACGUUCGAUUAGCUCCUGCUCGCAACAUUCACAACCAGCCCACAGCCCACCCGAACCAUGUGAAGUCGAAAAUAUUCAGAAGAUAACCGAUAGUAGACAGAUUGUGGAAUCGUUAGAGCAACAUUUAAAUGAGCUGGAGCCACGCGAGGAAAUGCACAACUAUAAACAUACAAGGAAGCAAUCAAAUGAUGUCUCUGAACUGCUGCAAGAUGAGCUCAAGGACAUUAAAGAUGUGCCGAUUGAGGACGUAAGAGAGGUCAAGGAAGUUGAAAAGCAAGUCAUAUUUUAUGUCAAGAAGCCGGCUACUCCGAAUUUCAACAAAGAGUACAAAGAUAAACUAAAACAGUUCCAAAUUGACAGGCGACUGAAGAAAUCUCUGCAAAGUCAGCAGGCUGCAAAUGAAACAAGUCAAUCAAGCCUCUUUAAGGAGCCGCAGCUCAACAAUCGGCCACAAAUACUCGGACACACGCCGGUAUAUCAACGUUCGAUUAGCUCCUGCUCGCAAUAUUCGUAUCGAGGGCGUCGUCAGUCAAGAAUCUUCUCGAAAUCACAGCCAGACAAGACGCUCUCCAGCGGCGGCACGUUGGAUGUCCGAGUGAAGCAAAAGAGAUCGAGCUGCAAGUCUUUAGUGACGGAAACUAGGAAGCCUCAAUGGGUCACAGCUGGACUCAAUUCGAAGCAUCGCAAUUAUGUAGUGAUAUACAAUCCAAAAGAAAUACGCGGACCCACGCCGGUAUAUCAACGUUCGAUUACCUCCUGCUCGCAACAUUCACAACCAGCCCACAGCCCACCCGAACCAUGUGAAGUCGAAAAUAUUCAGAAGUUAACCGAUAGUAGACAGAUUGUGGAAUCGUUAGAGCAACAUUUAAAUGAGCUGGAGCCACGCGAGGAAAUGCACAACUAUAAACAUACAAGGAAGCAAUCAAAUGAUGUCUCUGAACUGCUGCAAGAUGAGCUCAAGGACAUUAAAGAUGUGCCGAUUGAGGACGUAAGAGAGGUCAAGGAAGUUGAAAAGCAAGUCAUAUUUUAUGUCAAGAAGCCGGCUACUCCGAAUUUCAACAAAGAGUACAAAAAGAAACUAAAACAGUUCCAAAUUGACAGGCGACUGAAGAAAUCUCUGCAAAGUCAGCAGGCUGCAAAUGAAACAAGUCAAUCAAGCCUCUUUAAGGAGCCGCAGCUCAACAAUCGGCCACAAAUACUCGGACACACGCCGGUAUAUCAACGUUCGAUUAGCUCCUGCUCGCAAUAUUCGUAUCGAGGGCGUCGUCAGUCAAGAAUCUUCUCGAAAUCACAGCCAGACAAAAUGCUCUCCAGCGGCGGCACGUUGGAUGUCCGAGUGAAGCAAAAGAGAUCGAGCUGCAAGUCUUUAGUGACGGAAACUAGGAAGCCUCAAUGGGUCACAGCCGGACUCAAUUCGAAGCAUCGCAAUUAUGUAGUGAUAUACAAGCCAAAAGAAGUGAUCACUCAGAAGGCUCUCGAGGAGAAUUACGAGCGUGACAUGAGCUCAGCAGGUGAUGCAAUGCCUAGUCAAAACAAUAUGCUCGUAUUGUAUGAUCAGGAGGAUGACGACUACGAUCCCAAUUAUUGUUACGAGCUGUGGCCACCGCAGCUAUUGGAAUCCGAGUCGGAAGGAGGGAUCGACGAGUCGACAAUAGACUGUUUGAUACCCAACUCACAGACCAUUCUGGAUGCAAAUUCAACGCAAUUCGAACGCAUGAUGCAACAUCCAGUUGCAGUGCCAAAGACAUUUUCGCAUCGAACUCGUCAGCUAAUAGAAGACAAACUAUCAAGCGUUGAUGCCAAGCAAGCGUUCCACAAUUUGGGCAGUCUGAUUCGACGCGUGAACUCGCGUCCCAUUCCCCAUGACCGGCAUCUGCAGAUACUCUUUCGUCUAUUCGCCCGGCUGGAUGUUCAGCUCUUUGUGCGUGCCGAGUUCAAUCUUCCCGGUUGCAAUCCGACGCCAACGAUGCCACGUUGUCGCAUCGAAUGCUUCUUCUUUCCGGAUCGCUCAGACUUUAUUGUGUCGAUAGCAGUUUUACGCUCGCAGCUGGAGCAGCUCAUGCGACAAAUACCUCAAAUAUUGCCUAAUUUACACUACUGUCGUGAUGCUUUUGAUUUGACUCGCGUUCCAGAUGUCGUUAGGAACUAUGUGCGCAACCAUUUCAAUAAACUGCUGAAGGAUCUGCUUGCCGAGUAUUGCUAUCAGCUGAUUCAGGAGAAGACACCGAUCUCAGCCAUGCCUUAUGAGCUCACUGAUCACGAUAUCUUGGGCGAUGAUAUUUUUCUACGACCCAAAGCCACCAAGAUUCUGCCUUUAACACUAGAGAAACUCAAUUAGUAUUUGGUUUAACAAUACGAUAAAUAUUUUUUUAACAUCAGAUGACAAAUUAUUGGUUUAAGCAUCUUAGCAUACAUUUUUGUAUGUCGUAAUAUAAUUUAAACAGAGAAAACUU